AAAUUCAGAACACGGUAAUUCUUGAACACACCUUCCAUUGUCACUAGCUGCACACUUCUACAUCUAGCCACACUCGGAUCUUUAAUUAGUAGCCAAUAAUGGCUGCCGUUUCUGCGAAGGCAGUGGUGCUUGCAGUAGUAGUGAUUCUCAGCUCAAUACAGCUCUGCAUGGGGGCAAGGAGGCGCAUGGAGCUGUACCAACCUAAUCCAGCUGACAUGCUCUCCUACCACGACGGACAAGUGCUCCACGGUGACAUCGCCGUGUCUGUCCUCUGGUACGGAAAGUUCACAACGGCACAGAAGUCGGUCAUCUCCGACUUCCUCCUUUCGCUCACGGCGGUGCCCCAGGCCGCCUCGCCGUCUGUUGCGCAAUGGUGGAACACCAUUGACCAUCUCUACCUGUCCAAGGCGGUUCAAACCAAAGCCAAUGGCGGCGGGGUCAAGAAAACUCAGGUGCUGCUCGCCAACCAAGUGUCCGACGACAACUGCUCCAUGGGCAAGUCCCUAACGCUGGCGCAAGUCUCCGCUCUGGCCGCUCUGGCCAAGCCCAGGAAUGACGGCGUCGCGCUGGUCUUCACGGCGCAGGACGUGACCGUCGAUGGCUUCUGCACGAGCCGGUGCGGCCUGCACGGCUCGGACGCUAAGUCCGGCACGACCUACGCCUGGGUCGGCAAUUCGGCCACGCAGUGCCCCGGCCAGUGCGCGUGGCCGCUCCACCAGCCCAUGUACGGCCCGCAGAGCCCACCUCUCGUGGCCCCCAACGGCGACGUCGGGUUGGACGGCAUGGUCAUGAACCUCGCGAGCAUGUUCGCCGGCGUGGUGACCGACCCGUUCGGUGACGCGUACUACCAGGGCAGCAGGGACGCGCCGCUGGAGGCCGCCACGGCGUGCCUGGGCGUCUUCGGGAACGGCGCGUACCCCGGAUACGCCGGCGACCUGAAGGUGGACACGGCGACCGGUGCCAGCUACAACGCCAAUGGUGCGCACGGGAGGAAGUACCUGCUCCCCGCGCUGUACAACCCGUCCACGUCGGCUUGCAGCACGUUGGUGUAGUGGAAACAGCAAUGCUGGAUUAUUUCUUUGUUUGUUUGUUGAGAACGUUAGGUAUAUAUCAGUGCAGAUCACGUGUAAUUCUUUCAUUUUAGAGAUUCAAAUGUUGUUCGCAAUAAUAUUGUUGAGGGAACGCAACUAGGGUUGGUCCA